UACUGAUAUAGUGGGACAGAAGCCGUUCCAGCAUCUAAAUACGACUGGACUUGUAAAUAGCACACAGUGAAGGAAAGAAAACGGGCAGAGAGGAGUUGGGUCGGGUGAAGAGGUUUAGAGAAAGUAUCCAUCCAGAUUUCGUCAUCUUCCAAUUGCAUCGUCCCCGUCCUCGUCCUCGUCCUCCACAAUGGCUGCUAGACAGACAGUCAUGUUUCUAGUGGCGGUGCUCCUCUCCCUUUCAGGCCUCAUUCAUAGCUUCCAACCACUCUUCUCAUUUGAUGGGAAUUCCACCACUCACCGUGACAUCACACGAAGGGCGGUACUCAGAAAGACAGCUGAGGUCUGCCGAGACAUUGCUGCCUCUGAGGGACGGGACUUUAGCCUGACUAUUGAUGACAGCCUGUCAACUGAGCAGGUGCAGAGGGCCUGUUCCUCGACAGGUACCUCCACCUCUCUCCUCUCAACUGUUGUGUUCCAAACGUCCAUCGCCAACAUGUACUUCAGCAACGCAAAAGUGGAUGUGGUUUUUGCGCUGAGUGAGGAGCACCAUUUUGAUGACGAGACCUUCCAGGGAGGACGUGAUGUCAUCACAGCAGGUGUGUCUGGUGUGAAGGCCAGUGUGAAGCUGGAGAACUUUGUCGCAGGGAGAUGGACUCUUGGACGAGUCUGUCACACCCUACAGGACUUCUACAGCCACAGUAACUGGGUGGAGCUGGGGAACACUGCUCCUUUCAGCACUCUGAUCCAACCAGACCAACCUCUUGAGAACCUGGCAGGCCUGAAUACUCCAACCUGCAGAAACUGUACGGGAGGGAACUGUGAGAACAACCUUCUGCCUGACCUGCUGCAGCAGGGGCUUCUUACUUCCGGCUACUUCAACGUCUUCUCCUCUGAAAAACCUGCAGGCAAAUGCAGCCACGGUGGAUCAUUUGACCAGACAAGCAGGCAGGACCCAGUCGGGGGCAUCAGUAAAGACGACGUUGGGUCCAGUCAUGGCUCACUUCACCACAAAGCGGCUGAUUUGGCUGUGAAUGCCACUAUGGAGCUAUUGGAGGACAUCAGAUUAGCUGUCGGAGACAAGAACUUCCUGCGAUUGGUGGGCCUCUCCCAGUCCUCUGUGCUCUGCUUUGUCAUUGACACCACAGGCAGUAUGAGCGAUGACAUAGCCGAGGCUAAGAGAGUUUCCUUCUCCAUCAUUGACAGUUUGAGGGGAACCCAGCAGGAGCCCUCCGCCUACAUAUUGGUACCUUUCAAUGACCCAGAGUUUGGACCUGUGACUAUGACAACCAAUGCAGAUGUCUUCAAAGACAGCAUCAACAAGCUGACUGCAAGUGGAGGAGGAGACAUCCCAGAGUUGUGCUUGUCUGGACUUCAGCUUGCCCUGACUGCUGCUCCACCCUCAUCUGAGAUUUUUGUCUUCACCGACGCUCCAGCUAAAGAUGCUUAUCUGAAAAGCACCAUCACUGCCAUUAUAGAGAGCACCAAGUCUGUGGUAACUUUCAUGUUGACCGACGUCUUGGCUAGUCGACGGCGGCGCAGAAACCCUCAGGGUUUGGCUCCACGUACACUGAGCCAAACAGAUACUCAGCUGUACCGUGACCUAGCCAGAGCCUCUGGAGGUCAGGCUAUUGAGGUCACCAAGUCAGAACUCACUCUGGCUACAAGUGUAAUAGAGGAUUCCUCAGCCAGUGCUGUGGUGACAGUUUUUCAGCAAGUGAGGAAUCCCGGAACACCUGAUAAUUUUACGUUUACUGUUGAUGGAUCACUAAGGAACCUCACUGCCUACAUCACAGGAGCCUCAUCUCUCACCUUCACUCUCACCAGCUCCACAGGUGUAUCUCAGAGUUCCAGUCAGUCCAGUGGUCCUCUGGGAACCUUCACCACAGUCGGAAACCUGCGUCGUUUAAGCCUCAACAUUGAUAAUCAAACAGGAUCAUGGGAAAUCAGUGUCAACUCUAAUAACCCCUACUCCGUUAAGGUCACUGGUCAAAGUUCAGUGAACUUCAUUUAUAACCUUGUGGAAGCUCAUGAGGGAGCACAUGGUGACUUCAGUCUAAAGGAGGGACGUCCUCUUUCAGGUGGUAAUACCAGCCUCUUGGUCUCUGUGACAGGAAGUGACAAAGUAAAGCUCACAGGGGUGACUCUGUUUGACAGCUCAGGGCCUACAGAGGUCAACGGAUCACUGCAGGCAUUGGGAAGUGGUAACUUCCUAGUGACAUUCAAAGAAGUCCCAGCAGGUGACUUUGUGCUUCGCAUAAGAGGAGAGGACAGCAGCUCCACCUCGAGGUCAAACCCGGGCAGCUUCCAGAGACAAGCCUCCACUCAGAUCAAGACCUCCAGCAUCUCUGUUAUUUCCCAAGCCAACAACACCAACAUAGAACCAGGCUCCACCAUCUCCGUCCCUUUCACAGUAGCCACAACCACUAACGGAGUUGUUAACGACUCUGCAACCGGGGUGUUCACAGUGCGAGCCAACAACGACCGCAGCUAUACUUCAACUUCACCCAACACCGUCACCAUAGUGGCGGACAGUGGAGGCAAAGCCAACGGCACCGUGACCUUAACAGCACCGCCCAGUGCUGCAUCAGGAACAGACGUGACCCUUACCAUUGAGGCAGAAAAUGCAGCUGACAUCAACUACGCUGUCCUCAGGUUUUCUGUGGUUGCCAAGGUGACAGAUAUUACCCGCCCAGUGUGCCAGGUAGUCAGUUUAUCCACCAGUUGUCCGUCCUCUGCAUCGCUCUGUGCUUCCUCCCAGUGGAAAUUCAUUGCUAAUCUCACUGAUGGCAUCAAUGGAACUGGCAUUGAUAGCGUCACCGUCCGUCAAGGGAACGGUACCCUGAAUACCAGCACACUGGCUGGAGAAGGGGGUGUCAAUGUCACUGUGGCUACCUACAGCGCCUCCUGCUGUUCACAGAAUGUAGAGCUGGCUACUGUGGACAAAGUAGGAAAUGUGGGGAAAUGUGUGGGACAGGCUAGAGAUUCUACCACAGCAGCCCUGACAACUGCAACUACAGCUGCAGUUAACACAGCAGGGCACACUGUGAGUUUAUCACAUUGUCUCUGGAUCAGUGUUGUGGUUUCUCUUCUAUGGAAGUAAAAAGGGAUACAUGAA